AUGGAUGUAAGACGUAUUCAAAAGGACUCCCUUCGCGCAUACCUUCUCACUUACUCGACCGUUUAUGAUACAGUUUCACUCAAGGUGCUUGCUCCGUUGUUCGACCUUUUGCAGAAAGAUGUGCACGGAAUUAUUAGUAAGAUGCUAAUCAAAGAGGAGUUGUCAGCUGCACUCGAUGAGCCAACAGAUUGUCUCAUCAUCGAACCAUCUCGUCUUUGA